AUGCCAGAGCCACUUCGAGCGAGCUUUUACGAUUUCAAGGGACUUCGACAUUUGGUCCAAAAACGAGUGGAAGAACUUCGAGCUGGGGAAGAAGAUGAUCAACUCAAGCGAUCGAACGAAUUGAUAGCACAAUAUGAUAAUCAUAACCACGAUUUACCACCGUUCAACAAAAUCAACAGCCCUCAAUGGUGGCGAAAUCUUCCCGUUGAAGUCCGAAAAGAGCUGAUUCACGAGCGAUGCCCUCCUGAAAAGAUCGAAAAGUGGGGAAUCGGCUCUAUCAACGCAAGGAUUAUUGACUUGCUCGUCAAAUACGACGUUACUAUUCGCGACGACGGAGAAAUAGAGCAUCAGAAGCAAAUCGUCGUUAUUCACAACACAACUCCCACGUGGUGGCGCAAUUUACAAAGCGACGUCAAGAUCAGAAUUCUUAAUAAAGGCCAUGGCUGGCACGAUCUCUACCCAAAUGAAGUCAAAGCUGUUAGAGCUGCUUCUCAACUUCUUCAUCUGCCUCACCGGCUAAAUGAAUGGCUCGACGCUGCACCACAAGAACAUGCGCUGACACUCGUGAAAUUCAACAUUUUGAACGACCUCCAGAAGCAGAGCGAUUUCCAAACCGUCGUCGAUCAUCGCAAAGAUCGCACUGGAGGUCAAAGAACAGGGGAUGAUGGCGAAGCUAAGAAUACUUUGCACAUUCUCGACCAAAGUGGAAACACACAAGGAAAAACACCAAUAACAAUUUGGGCGCCGAACAAGAGCGACGAAAAAUUCGAAGAAUACGAAUUUACAACUGAGCAGUUCGCGCGAAAUCUUCAGUCCGACCAGAUUCUUCUGAAGGAUCAGUCCAAGGGUCCAAAGAUCAUGAUCGACAUCAGCGCCAAUGUUGAUGAGCUCGAAAUCGACAAUGCUCUCGUCGACGAGGAAAUGAUCGCCAUCGAGGAAGAAAUUACCGACUUGCUUGCGAAACCCAUGCCGCGUCUUCUUGGCUUUGCCGUGGCUGAGCUAGUGGGUGGUCACGAAAUUCCGAGAUAUGAAAAGUACGACGAGCUAUUGGCGAAUCCGACAUUCACAAAGUGGUUUGUCAAGUACAUUACCGAAAGUCACAAAGACAAGUUCCGCGAUGCCCUUGUCAACUGCAACUACAGUGACUACGUAAUCCUGCUCUCGUCUGUAAGAGACGAGGAAGAUGGAGAAAAUUUGAUCAGAACCUUUUUUGAGAUCGUGAACGACUCGAUCCUCUGGCCUCAAUUUGGCCUUGCUCUUACUGAAGCAAUGUCUGCCCGCGGCGAUGUCUCCCAACAGCUGAUCAAAGCGUCUCUCGAACCAGAUGCGAGGAGAAUGCUGAGCGCCAUCAUUUCCGUAAAUAAAGAAUUCGAGUUGCGAUUUGGCGCUCCUGAAAAUCCAGAAGCCUUCGCAAACAACCCAAAAUACGCCGAGUUCUUCCUGGAGCUCAUUGAAUCGGACUCCUUGAUUUUCAUCGAUAUUUUGAAAACGAUGGCGUCGAGGGGAACGAACAGAGGGUUGUUCAAGGACUUGAUAGCUUUCUUGGACGAUACGAAUUUCAACGAAAAUUUGUUCAUCGCUGCUUGUAAGAAUGAAGAGGGAGCUAAUUGCCUGCGAAACUUUGUCAAUCUUACAUCGAAAAAAAGCCCUUGGAACGAAAUUCUGACGGAUCUGCAGCUUCUCCGAUCUGAAGGAGGAAGAGGUCUCCACCAGUCAUUCAAUUACGAAGCAGAUACGGCCAGUGUUUUCGCUCAGAGCUCGAUUACCAUUCUUCACAGAGGUCUUGAUAAAGACAUCGAAAAAGUCGCGAAGAGGAUUGUGGACACUGCUGAGAGCUUGACCGACGUUUUCGGAAGCAUCAGCAAUUUCAGAGCUUCUCUUGAAAACCUUCAAAAGAUCGCAUCAAAGCCCACAAAGCGCAAAGCCCCAAAAGUGUCCGCUGGCAUUAAUCCUCUUGGAGGAACUCAUGACGAUUCCGAGUCCGAGGAAUACGAAAACGUCGGCGUGAAUACUCUCUCCGGCGUCACUACCGUUCGCGAUAUGAUGGAGGAAGUCGAGAAAGUCAUCCUCCCCAAGCCAGCAACUUCCAAUUUCUCCUUGAUGAGCAACAACAGCUUGUGUGAAGAUUUGCUGAAGCCAUCCGCUUUCAGCCCUCGAAAGAAAAAGUCGAUCUUCACCCUCACUGAGGAUAGCGAGCGACUGGCAAGCCACAUCAAUCCAAAAAUCUUCUCGACUUUGGCGUUUUUCAAGACUGCUUGCGCGGCUCUUUCUCAAAACUUUGAAGACCACUUGGCCGUCGAUUACGCUGCGAUUCGAACAGUUGGAAAAGACGCGGCGAAACUGUUCCUCAGUUCUGGAGAAGACGAUGUUUUGGACAACAUCAUGAACUUGCGAAACUUAUUCCAGUCGCUUGACCAGAUCCGCGAAAGCUUUCUUGGACUAGACCCGUCUAUUGAAGGCGAAAAAUCGUAUGUUCCAAAGGAACUCGGAGGAUUUACCGCCAUUGAUCUCCAAAGCGCAGAGGUUUUCAACGUUUUUGAGCUGAUCGCCGACUCGUUGGAAGAAAUCUACGAAGCUGUUUCGAAAGGCGACUUGGUCGGAAAAUGGUGGUUCAGAGUCUUCAAUCGCCUGGAUCUCAACGACUGUACACAUGCUGACAUCGUGCGCGAGCUAAUUUUCGGCUCUUGCCUCGAGCGCUACCGCAAUUGCCCUUCGAAUCAGCUAAUUAUCCGCGAGUUGAAGAUCAGAUUUGAACGUACUCUCAAAUUGCUUGACACCGUCGGUGUUGAACUUCGCAAGUUCUCCCGAGCUGCUGCAAAGGUCGAAGAAGAACUCCGCCGCGAUUUCGUCACUGGAAAUACUGUCACAAUACAGACAGAGACCUCUGCGGUCACUUCUCGACCAGAAAUUCAUCAGUUGAAGAGUCUAAUCGAGCAGGCAACGCAGGGAACUGACACUUCAAGUGGGCCUUCCUUGAUGAGUUUCCAAGAUCGAAUCAAUGACUUGCAAAAUCGAGUGAUGCAGAAUCUCUGCGGCGCUGCCAAACUCAUGAUGCUUGAAGAUCAGCCUGUUUCUUUUGAAGAAACGGACUCUUACAUGGAUGAUUCGCCCUUCAAACGCGCUCCCUUCCCUCGAUCGCGAAGCGGAUUCGCCGAUUUAGCCGCUGAAGUCGCCGACAAGUACUCCAAAAAGACCUCGAAAAAAUACAAGCUCAGACCAAAGGCGCGAAAUCUGAUAAAAGAGCACCAAACGUCUUUUCCUGCAGUGGUCAAUCAUGCCAUUGACUUUGUUCUUUUCCUCGUCACUUGCGGCGCAAUGUUUCUGAUUUUCGCGCUGGAAAGUGCCAACAACGAGGAUCAGGAAAAGAAAAUCAUCAGCUGCAUUUUUGCCCUGGCGACGAUUUUGCUCUGCGAAAUUGUCAAAGUCUUCGUUUUGGCUGCUUUGUCGGGAAAAUCGACAGCUUUGUUGGGAAGAGUUCAGCUUGAGAUUUUCUACUGA